CUUAACGUUCCAAAAUGCACAUUUUCAUCGGAUUCUUGUGUUCACUUCUAGUCCUGCUGCUAUGCUCUCAUGUCUUCCAGCUGCUCACUGACGCUCGCCGCCGUCUUCCACCGGGCCCGAUGCCACUCCCGGUCGUCGGCAACCUCCUCCACGUCGCCGGGAAGCUCCCACACCGCACCCUGGCGCGCGCUGCGGCGCAGCACGGCCCGCUGAUGACGCUCCGCCUGGGCACCAUGCUCGCCGUCGUGGCCUCCUCGCCGGCCAUGGCGCGCGAGGUCCUGCAGCGGCACGGCGCGAGCAUCACCGACAGGGGCAAGCCGGACACGUGGCGCACGGACGGGCACGAGGGCAACUCCCUCUUCCUCCUCCCGACACGGGACCACCGGUGGCGGGCGCUCCGCCGGCUCGGCGCCGAGCAGCUGUUCUCGCCGCGGCGGAUCGAGGAGCAGCGCCCGCUGCGCCGGGACGCCGUGCGCGGCCUCCUCCGCCACGUCGCGGAGCAGCUGGCGGCGUCUGGGCCGUCCGGCGCGGCGGCGGUGGUCGACGUCGGGAGAGCGGCGUUCCUGCCCAUGGCGAGCCUGCUGUGCCGGCAGCUGUUCUCGGCGGGCAUCGACGCCGCGACGUCGCGCGAGCUCCGCGACGCCGCGCGGGAGUUCACGCUGCGUAGCCUGACCCCCAACGUCUCCGAGUUCUUCCCGCUGGUCGCCAUGGCCGACCUGCAGGGCCUGCGGCGGAGGACGGCGAGGCAGAUCACGUGGAUAUACCAGCUGAUCGACGGCCAUGUCGUACGGCGGCGGCGCAGCCGGGAGACGAAUUGCCGUACUGCGCGCGAGGAGGACUUGCUCGACGUGAUGCUGGACAUGUCGGAGGAACAGCAGAAUAACGACGACGAAAGCAGCCUCACCGUGAACCUCGGUGUGAUACGAGCAUUUAUGGCCGAUUUACUUAUGGCCGGCAGUGAAACAAGCUCAGCAGUAAUCGAGUGGGCAAUGGCCGAGCUACUACAGAAUCCUCAAACCAUGACAAAAUUGCAAGAAGAACUCAAAAGGGUCAUCGGCUCAAAGACACACAUAGACGAAGAGGACAUCGACCAACUUCCCUAUCUCCAAGCAGUUGUCAAGGAGACGCACCGGCUUCACCCGGCCAUACCACUGCUCCUCUACAAAGCAGCUGUCCCUGUAGAGAUACAGGGCUACACAAUCCCUGAAGAAACCGCAGUAAUAGUGAAUGUGUGGGCAAUUCACAACGAUCCAGAGAUAUGGACGGAGCCAGAAAAGUUCAUGCCAGAGAGAUUCGUACAGAAGGAGAUCAGUUUGUCAUCGGGUAGCACCAACAUGGAGCUUAUUCCGUUCAGCGCUGGAAGGUGGUUCUGCCUUGGAUAUCCCCUAGCAAAUCGAAUGCUUCAUGUUAUACUUGCCUCACUGGUUCAUCAGUUUGAAUGGACAUUGCCUGAAGAGGUGGUGAAGAAGAACAAUGGUGUGGACAUGGCAGAAAUGUUUGGGAUAACACUGUCUAUGGCAACACCCCUACAUGCUGUAGCCAAGAAUACUAUGUAAUUUUUGAUUAAAAAAGAAUACUAUGUAAUUUGUGUAAUGUGUAUAUGUUAUGUGCUGCAUGUAAUAUAUAUUACGUGGAUGACAUAUGCCAACUACGUAAUAUUCUCCAAUAAAAAAUAUUAUUAUAAU